UUCACACGCCACUAAUGGUAAAUCUAGAAUACAACCAAAUUCGCGUGUGUGGCCGCGUGGGCGCAGUUUUUCGGUUUUCCUUAUGAGGCGACCUUAACUCACUUCUGAGAAGUCGAAGCUUUGAACUUUUAUAGUGUUCGUUGUUUUAACUAUACGUAACAUGAAUGAAUCAGCGGUUUCGGAUGUGCAAGCAAAUAAAUUAACAUAUUUAAGGGGAUAUAGUUUACACAUUUGGUGAAGAAGUCGGUACAUGGGAAACGGAUUACAAUAUAUUUAUAGAUACAGGCCUAGUUCUAAUAACUACAGUUUUCACAAAUACGUAUUUACUGCAAUUUAUCUUGCAUAUUUCUUUUUGAAUCGCGAAUAAGUGUAAAAAAUUUCAUUCGAGAGAUUAAGGAAUUGAACCAUCUUCUUGUCUUACAAAUUAGUGCCAUAAUUGCCCAGGUAUUUUAAUGGGUGAUGUUAGUGCCCUGCUUAAGUAUCGACCACCCGUCUCUCAAGGAAACUGACCACAUUUUACAACUCCGACAUACUUCCAAACUGACUCAUGCUCAUGAAAGUUCAUUCAUAUUACGCAUACACCCUCCACAUCUUCGCUAUAAUGAACUAGAACAUCUAAUACAAAAAAUAUGUUUAUUUCUUCCCAUCAAUUUGAGUCAAGGGUCUUUUAUCAAUAGGAUCUAAACACCCUUAGCAUUUUUGAGGUAUGAAUCAUUAGGAUUUUUGAUGAGGACAAUGUAAAGUUUUUAGUGGUAACAAAAGCAUGUGGAUGUGUGUAUUUAGAAAUAAAAAGUUUAUAAUCCAGCUUUAGGUACAUUUUCAUAGAAAUAGGUUAGUGCUAGUUAGGACUGUAUUUAUUUUACCAGGAGUGAUAUCAGAAAGGCACCAUAAAAUUUUAAAUAUUCUACGAAAACAAUAUUUAAAUUCAUCUGCAUCGCACGUGUUUACUCUAAAUGCUAUAUUUCUUAAAACUUUAUAACAUCGUGUACUUAGAGCUUAUCGCCAUAGAAAUAUAAACAAAGCUUCGCGCGCUGUCGUAAAACGUUGAGUCAAACUUAUGGAAAAUUCUAUGAGAGAGACAGAGACAGGACAGGGCCCACGUGAGUUACGUUAACAAUAGAUUAGAAAAAACAUAGGUACCGGGAAGGUAAAGGCGCGGGUCUCGCCCCCGCACACCUCCGCCGCUUGUCUCAACUCAGUCUGCACGAAAGCCUUCGUAGAGUCGAGCGUUUGUUUCUACCUCACUCAUUUACGAUAUUGUAACUCAUUUACUAAAUAGAUUACCGUUCAACGUAAGUAAUUAGUAACAACGUGUUUCUGUGACUGUGUGAAUAUUAAUUCAGUGUAUUUCGUCACGACAGUUGCGUGUUAUAGUGAGGACACCUGUUGCUCUAAGACAUCUGACGUUUUCGCGCCGAAACCUUAAGGUUUCCUACUGAGGCAGUUGUUCGCUAGCUUUAUUACAAUAGUGAAGUAGUGUUAUUACUAUAGUGGAUAUAAUAGGCAUAUCUCAGCGUGGCUAUUUCACGUGCGGCGCUGAAUUCAAAUGAAAAGUUUCCCAAUCCUACGUGUGUCGCGUACUUAUUGCCGUAUAGAGUUGUUUGUGGACACGAAGACAAAUGUAUAUUUAGUUUGCGACCAUUGUGUUUGCGAUAGGUAUGGAGAUUGAAUCCAAAUGAGGAACUGAAUUCGUUGGGUUAGUUGUGUGAUUCGUGAGCGAUGCGGACUACAGUGAAACGAUGAUCAAGUUUCGGUAUAAACGUAAGGAGUCGAGUGAUGGCGGCAAGAGCGGUACGGCUAUACAGAAGCAGAAGAUUGAGGGUCUCAGAGACCGGGAGUUGCUGCCACCAAAAGACAUGCUGCUGACAGGCUCGCUAGCCGGAGUGAGGAACAACACACUCCCGCGCUCGCGACCCUCGUCGGCAGCGAGGCGCGAGCCACCCGAAACACCGCUCAGCCAAACCACUAUAUCGUUGUUUAGAGAAUUGUUUACUCAGCUGCAAUGGUCUGCGGAGCGCGCACCAGCCGCGGACGGCCUCCGUCGAGCGCUGGGUGGCGGUGGCGCUCGCUUCCAGCUGGGCUGCAUGGCCGACGCCAGCGAGUGCUUCGAGCACUUACUUCUCAGAGUCCACGCCCACGUGGCGGCCGGCUCCGGUGACCGAAGAGACGAUGACGCCUGCAGAGCUCCGCACUGUGUACCCCACCGAAAGUUCGCCAUGAUGCUAGUCGAACAGUCUGUAUGCAGCGCCUGCCAAGCUACGUCCGAACCUUUGCCAUUCACUCAGAUGGUCCACUAUGUGUCAGCUACAGCUCUAACCGCACAAGCUGCGCUGGGUGAACACGGAGACAGCUUUGGGCUGCUACUAAGAAAAGCAGGAGGAAUGGGCGACAUUAGAGACUGUCCGAAUGCUUGCGGAGCAAAAAUUCAGAUAUGCAGAACGCUAAUGAAUCGUCCAGAAGUGGUGUCAAUUGGCAUGGUCUGGGAUUCCGAGAGACCGUCGGCGGAGCACGUGGCGGCGGUGUACAGCGCGCUGGGCACGGAGCUGCGGCCUACGGACGCCUUCCACGCCUGCGUGGACCGCGCCUGGGCAGCGCGCGCCACGCACCGCCUCGUCGGCCUCGUCACUUACUACGGCAAGCACUACUCCACCUUCUUCUUCCAUAGUAAACUCCGCCUAUGGAUAUACUUCGAUGAUGCGGAUGUUAAAGAAAUAGGUCCGGAGUGGUCACACGUCGUAGAAAAAUGUCAAAGAGGACGAUUCCAACCGCUCCUCCUGUUAUACGCUGCGGUUGAUGGAACGCCGUGUGACACUCGUCAUGCUCCAAAAGAUGUAGUUCCAUUCCCGGCGCCAGAACCUCGCCGAGCAGUCACGCCAGCUCCAGAGCGGCCAGCGACAGGAUUCGCUCGACGAGCAGUCACUCCAGGCCCAGAUAAUGAAAGUGAUUAUGUCAGUAGAAAAGCCGUGGAGAAUAUGUUAGAAGUUCAAGCCAAUCGUCGAGCACAACUCAAUCGGAGUUUGAGCACUGGCUCAGGGUCAGAUAGUCAAGAGCGGCCACGAGCACGACGAGACUCUGGUAACUGGAGUGGCGAUCGCAACAGUGCGUCAUCCGCUUCCUCGUCGACGGCAGAGAGCCCAUACAUGUAUCCUAGAGGUCGAGGAGCGGGUAGCGUUCCAGGCAGUCCCACGCGUAAAGGGGAACUCUCAAGUGGAGGUUCUUGUGAUGCUGGAUACGACUCAUAUUCUCUGUCUUCUACAGACAGUCUACCUCUGCAACAAGGCCUACGCCACAACUUGCAACUGGCUCAAAUACCAGAAAUAACUACACGAGGUGAAUGUGAAGCACUUUGCUUGGAAGCCGACAGGCUGCUAGAAAAAUCUCGCAAUGCAGAAGACUCUGCUGAUUACGAAACAGCGCUAGUACUUUGUGACGCUGCUGCAUCUAAAGCUCGUGCGGCAAUGGACGCGCCUUACAACAAUCGUCACAUGGUGACUUUUGCUCGUAUGAAACACAAUACAUGUGUAAUGCGGGCACGUAGUCUCCAAAGACGAAUGGCGGGAAUGACUAGGGUAACGGAAAUUCCUCAGGCUGCUCCUAUAAGAAAUACUAAGGGUGGGCUUGAAGCGUCGCCUAUGACUAUUGAAAUCUAUGCCACAUUACCCAAAAAGAAGGGUUCUUCUAAAAAAUCACCCAAAUGUAUUGAUGAUGAUAUAGAUACAGUGACACGGGAGCGUCCCCCGAGGCACAAAUCUAGAGAGGAUGAUAAAGUAAGGGAAAAGCGAUCUAGAAGUGAAGAUCGAAGUCGUGCUCGGAAAGAAGUUCCUGUGGUUAAAGCUGCUGAGAAAAAAGAGGAAACCGCUGAAGAUAAAAAGGCCAACAAGAAACAGCAUAAAAUUCGAAGAAAGCUUUUGAUGGGUGGCCUGAUACGAAGGAAAAAUCGAUCAAUGCCUGAUCUGACAGAAGGUGCUGACGGUAACAACGAGGCAGCUAACAAAGAGAAGCGAGUCUCUUCCGUCGACGAUACGGAAGUUGGCAGGACGACUGAAGAUAAAACAAACCUAAGUGGCUAUUUAUCUGAAGGGCACUUAGAAUACUCAGUGGCGAGUGGUACUAAUCCUAAUCUCGAAAGGAGUAAACUUAUGAGAAAAAGUUUCCACGGCAGUGCAGGUAAAAUGUUGACGGCCGCAAAAGUUCCACCACCACCGCCACUUCGAACGACUUCCCAACUCACAGGGUCUAAGUACACUUAUUCAGAACAUGGAAAAGGUACAUAUCCAACAGAAAUUGAAGAAGAUGGUGGAUUCUCGGAACAAUAUGGAGAUGAACCACAUUCGCUCCCGUUCUUACAUCCGUAUGACGACAAGUCCAACAGUCAUUACGAUAGGUUAGAUACGUCACCAGCUCAAAACUUCCACACAGUAGUGACGAAGGCUAUGAUCCACCAAGAACAAAGUCCGGUGAAAAGAGAAACAAUGCAGCCUAUGAUGCCCUCUCAACAUACGAUUCAAAAUCUGACGCACACCUUUGAUAAUGGAGUUGACGUGGUAGACUGCGCAAUUCCAAUGCCAUCGCGGAGAUCUCCGACUAUGUUCGAACUUCCUCCAUACCCGAGUCCCAUGAAUUCCGUAAACCAUUCACGUCAGCCUAGUGAAGAAUUUCCCCCACCUCCACCGCCCAUUGAUUUAACGCCACUCCAUGAUGAACUUGAAAAGAUUCAAACAGUUAAUGAAAUGUCAAAUGAUCUGGAGGUGGCAAAAGGCACUUUAUUAGCAAGCUUGCAAGAGAAAAGAAAUCAAAUCUUAAGAAAUGAGCAGUGUGCUCCACAAAUAGCUCAGGUUGAAAAGCUAAACGUCCACCCAUCUUUGCUGAAGGAGCUGCAAGCGAAGCAAGCGUCUUUCAAGUUAAAGAGGUCUGGUUCUUUAGAAGGACAACUAUCAAGUUCUGUAGACGCCCAUAAUCUCUAUGAAACCAGUAGCAGCGUAAGAAAUAUUGCUUCAAGAUUUGAAAACAACACUCAAAAUUCGUCACAAGACGCCGAUAGAACGCAUAUAGGUUUCGGCAUGAGCGGAAACAGAGAUGUCAUAAAUUGCUCAGAUCAGUCUAACGCUGGGCUCAAUCGGAGAGCUUCAGCGUCAUCUAUUGAUCCCAAACAAAUAGAAGAGGAACAAUGUGACCCGAAAUGUACUAACAAUACGUACGGCGACCGAUCUAAACCCAAGAAGAAAUCUGUAUCUUUCUGUGACCAAGUCAUCUUAGUGUCUACAGCUGAAGACCAAGAAGAUGACAGUUACAUACCGAACCCUAUCUUAGAGAGAGUUUUGAAAUCCGCGAUGAACAAGCCUGAGUUGACAACUAUGCCUCUCCAGUCGGAGAAACCGUCGCUACAACGACAAGACUCCUUUGACAGUCAGUCAUCUCGCUCGACGAUAUCCUCGUUAUCUCAAACCUCGUUUGUUCCCAGCGAGAACUCACACGCAGAGUACGUCAGAUUACAAAACAAUUAUCCAGCGUAUCAAAUGCCGCCAAAUCGUUUACAACAGCAGUACAAUGCACAAAAGAAUAAUAGUGUUUACGGUACGAACUCGCCGGUACAAACUACUCCAAAUCAAAACGGAGUAAAUAGUAAUCAGAUUUACCAAACACUGCCAAAUAAUACGCAACAGAACACCACCAGCCCUAUACCGUACAACCAGCCGCCGUCAGUUUACCCCAAUCAUAGCAAUGCUAGCCCACCGAACUUUAGCCAAACUCCUGCCAACAGACUGACGCCGACGCACAACCCCGCAUACAUGUCUAAGCACCCCGUUAACCUGCAGAGACCCGCAACCACCGCGGGCCACCCAGCCUCUCAGCUGCACUCCAUGAACCAGGCCAUCAACAACGCGUACUACCACAGAGUCCCUCAAACAUCCUGCCCUUCGACGAUUCCCAGCAACAACUACUCUACGAACCGACAGUAUGGCCACAAUAUGCCAAACACCAACCAUUCGCCUUAUCAAACCGUGCCCACCAACUCACCAGCAUACCAGAGCUACCACAACCCACCGACAAGCUAUGCGAGCUCCGAAUAUUCUAGUCGAUAUCCACAGGCGAACAGUACCAACCAUUACACUCAGUCACCGUAUCAAAGAGUGCCGCCGCCACACGGCGAUGUACCUGUAGAAAACUAUAACGCAUUUCCACAAAAAAUGUCUAACAACUACUAUGUAGACAACCAGUCUGGCCAGCAGCGAGUCCAAGAGACGAGGCACUACGCCAACACUCAGCAUCAGCGCUCCGUGUACAGCCAAAACAUGAAUGUAGAUAGUAAUGUAAACAGCGAGCAAGUGGGCCAGUACCAGUAUGCUCAGAACGGUUACAAUCCGUAUCAGCACAUGCCACCUCCCAAACAGAUACAAAAGAAAUCCGUGUCGUUCGAGCCAGGCACGAAGGGCGGCACGGACUCACCCGUACCGCCACAAAUGAACGGCAGCCCGCCUUACCCGGCCGGCGACGCGCAACCCAUGCAGAAGACAGUAUGCAACUUGUGUCGUAAGAAGGCUAUCAACCCACCGGCGAUGUAUUGCCCCGAUUGUGAUUUUUAUAUGUCUAGGUUCAAACCCCGCUCAUAGCAAUAACUUGCGUUAAUCGCAAAGUAUACUCAAUAGUGUAACUAUUCCAACCUUUGUAUUUAGAUUCAACCCAUAUGGGACGUUAGUUAUUGUAUGUACCUAUGUAUUAAUAAUGUUAAUUAAUAAAGCAGAUUAUUAAAUAGUUUAUUGUAUUAAGGCUUGACUGAUCUCAUGUGGGAAAAUAUUUUAUAAACUUUGCAGAAUUAUAAUUUGUAAGUUUUUAUCUAUUUCUAUAAAGUGCCUUAAAGUAGACGGUAUUUUCUAAUAUAAAUAUUGACAUCAACAUAGUAAGAUGAAUAAAUUAU